GUUUUCGGUCUUGGCGGCGAAGUUUGUAAGUGCCUGCCCGUUACCCUACGAACAACUUUAGUUGUUGCAUGCGUGUAAUGCCUCGUUGACGACAAAUCACACAUUUUUACGCUCUGGCGCGAAGUAUGGAGUCGUCCGGCGAGUGCGUCAAGAAAAUCGGCGAUCCCGAGCAACUAGAGAGCAUCCGUCAGGAAAAGUCGGAAGCGUUUUCGCGUCACCGAGGCGACAAACAGAAAGUGCCGAAGCCACCCGCACCAUCGCACUCAAGAGGACUGGAAGAUUCGUCAAAGAUGCCCACCAAAGACGCGCCUGCGACUAAGCUUCCACUCUUUACCAAGUCAAAAGAGGCACUGGAGUUGGAGAUACAAAAGAAAAAGAAAGUCAUGGGAACCAUCAAGCUGAACACCCUCCCCGAUGGGGGCAAGCGACUCAAGGAACAGUUGAAAGCGCUGGAGGACCAGCUCUCGCUUCUGUGUCUGUCGGCGCCAGGCGAGCAGGGCAACGGCACGGAAAGCAGCUCCGCAAAGGAUACGAACACGACUGCUAAACAUUCUUGCACUAGUUAUUCUCGAGGGGAGUCCAGAUCAGAUGUAUCAGUUGAAAAAGCUGUGAGACAAGCCGACACAGUAUCAGAGCGGGCACUUCCUGCCUCUAAAGAGCCGAAAAAGAGUGCUCCAACCAAGAGUGAUGUGAGAGAGCACGACUCUUCAAAGGAGCCUCAUCAAUGCUUGCAAACAAAGGGUAGUUCUGAUGCACGUAGUUCAAAUGCAUCAGCAGGUGUCCAUAAAAAGCAUAGUGAUAGAUUAAGCCAUGACACAGAAAAGAGCCGAGCUGUGCCCGAGUCUGCAGGAAAGCAAAGAACAUUGGAAUUAAAAGAAAACAGAGUUCAGAGCUCCCUUCAGGAGCACAUUCUGGCAGAUAAUGGUUUGUCUAGGCACAAGUGUGAGUCCACUUCCCAGAGUACAACAGCAGCUGAUAUUCCACUGAAGGGGACCUCAUCUUUGACAAGUGUGGAGCAAGGGUCCAGUGGCGGCGUUGUGGCAAAGAGGCGACCCGUGAGCCCUGUGGCACGUGCAGGCAUCUGCGGGGAAGAGCCCCGCCCUCCGACAACCGCCUUGCACAGCGUGUACGACCGACGUACGCUCCUUGUGUCCCCGCUGCCACUCAGCAAGACAGCUGCUCCGUCGGCUGUGGGAAGGAAGGGGGCCACGCUGGAGGCACUGGGCACCCGUGUCCCGAGAGGCCUCUCUGAGCGCUCCACGUCCCGCCUACAGUACUUGUUCCAAAGCUUGUCCACUCAGCCUGACGAGUGGGAUGAGAGCCCUCAGCCGGAGGGGGUACGGACCCCCCUGAUGCCCCACCAGCGACAAGCACUGCGGUGGAUGCUCUGGAGGGAGGAGCAGGAGGCUCCAGGAGGCAUCCUUGCUGAUGCGAUGGGUCUCGGAAAGACUCUGACCAUGCUGACUCUGGUUGAGCAGCAAUGGUCAAACGACAAGUCGUACAAGUCGGCCACAGGCAUCGAGAGUAGCACAAAACAUGAUGAAAGCGAUGACUGUGAAAGAGCGGCUGCUGCAUCACCCAGGGGUGGGACCCUGGUGGUGUGCCCGCUGUCUCUGCUGCACCAGUGGGAGGAGGAGGUGCAGCGGCACCUGCCUGAUCGGUGGCAGGUGAAGCUGCAUCACGGGCGUAACCGCACUGGUGACCCUAAGGAGCUUGCGCGCUGCGACCUGGUUGUCACCACCUACGACACCAUCAGCAGUGACUGGGCACGCGUUGAUGCUACUGGCAACAGCGGGCUGUCUCCGCUGUUUACGGUGAGGUGGCGCCGUCUGGUGCUGGAUGAGGCACACAGCAUCCGCAACCUGCACACACGGCGUGCCAAGGCCGCCUGCGCCCUGUUUGCAUGGUCACACUGGGCCCUCACAGGAACCCCCGUGCACAAUGACCUCGGCGACAUGCGUUCCUUGCUCAAGUUCCUGCAGUGCCGCCCAUUUGACGACGAUUCAUUUUGGAAGCAAUGGAUCAAGGACAACCAUGGGCCAGAGGCACUUGCUAUGGUGAUGAAAUGUGUUCUGCUUCGCCGGACCAAGGAGCAGAUGGGAAAGGAUGGCAAGCCGCUGGUACCCCUGCCUAAAAAGAGCAUCGUCCUGCACAGGCUCUCCCUCGAGGGUACCGAAGCCAAGGUGUACAAGGAACUGGAUGAGUGGUCAAGGUCGAGUGGGCCCGAGAAGUACACGGAUCCUGUGACUGGGCGGGAGCUUUACCGCAACACAGGCUCUCGGCGCUUUGUCAUGCUCAUCCGGCUUCAACAGGCCUGCUCUCAUCUGGCCCUGCUCAAGAAGAAGGUACUCGAGGACGCGGCUGUGGACACGGAUGAGCUCCUGUCGGCCAGCAUGGCAGGACUGCAGCUGUCAGAUGAGACGGCCGCGGGCGAAGACCGCCUUGAUGCGCUGAACCUGGACAAGUACACCAGCGCACGAGAAUUUGAUUCUGCCUAUGUCAGCUGCAAGAUCAGGACUCUGCUCGACAUGCUGCUCAAGGUGCGAGAAGAAUCAAACAACCAAGACAAGAGUGUUGUGGUGUCUCGGUGGACUUCACUUCUGUCGUUGGUGCGCCGGCACCUUGAGAGGCGGGGCAUCCCCUGUGUCACCAUCCAGGGCAGCAUUCCCGGCCACCAGAGGGCUUCUCACGUCACCAAUUUCAACCAGCAGCAGGGGGGACCCACGGUGAUGCUGCUCUCUCUCGAAGCUGGCGGCGUGGGCCUCAACCUAAUCGGUGGCAAUCACAUGUUUGUGCUCGACGUACACUGGAACCCGGCCCUGGAAGCACAGGCGUUUGACCGUAUCCACCGUGUGGGACAGACCAAGACGGUUGUCAUCAACAGGCUCAUCUGUGCAGGCACCAUUGAAGAGCGCAUUCUAGAACUCCAGAAGCACAAGCAGCAGCUUGCGGAAUCGGUCGUCGCACGGCGACGCCUGACCGCCGAUGAUUACGACUUCCUCUUUGCGAAAAGUUCUUGACAAACACAUAGAUUGUUGAAUGGGAGUGCAAAGAAGUUUGGGCUCUGAGUUAUUUAGAUCUUAAAUUUAAACAGUUUUUUUAUAUAAUAUAAAAAAGACGUAUUGCGUUACA